GAUAAAACUAUACCGAUAGUACCAGCGGAGAGACCAUAUUGGGGAUGGCCGGUCUGGAGAUGACCGGCCCGUAUGUGAGGUUGCCUGACUUUUUUUAUGUGUUCUCCCUCUGUAAAAAUUGAUUGAGAUCGGACUGUUGGACGGGACAUAUUUCUAAGUCUAUCCCCCUCCCCAUCUAAGUCCACAUGAGUGAGAGAUGAUCGGAAGGAAGAAGGAUAGAGAACUAGGCAAAAAUGGCAAUAGAGGAGGAAACAGAUAACCGUAAAAGUGAGGGAAAACAUGGUUUAGGAGGCAGUGCCGUACAAAGCGAAGGGGGGCAGAAGGACAGAGAAUCGAUAAAUCCGGAUAGUACCAAAGGGAACCGGAAGGAAAUCUCCAUAGGAGAAAGCUCGGGGAAAGUCGGGGGAAGCAGGCAAAGGAUUCAGGAGACCAAGGAGGGCAUAAAUAAGGAUAGGACAAGCCCCCGGAACUCGGAAGGAGCCAUGUCUAAGAAAGUAAGGGUCACGGAUGCGAGGCACAAACUAACCGAGAUAGAAAAAAGGACCGCGGAAUACAAGGCAAGAUUGAUUGAGGAAAUGAUGACUGGGAACGAAGAAGGCCCUCUGCAGGAGGAACCCCGGGACGAACGGAGAGCCAGCCGAGGUGGGACUGGACAAGGGGAUAAGGGUAGUGACCGUGGGGGAACGCCAAGCAAGAGAAGGAAAAAGAGAGAGAACUCUCCGGGGAUGGAAGUAGAAAAGGCUACGACUCUGCCAGCCAUGGAUGGUAGGGCUAGCCGCCUGCCGACCACGCCAGCAGUAACACGAGGAUGCGAAGGACUUUGGAGCCUUAGGGAAAGAGUGUUGGGAUGGUUUGACCCAGAAGGAACUAUGAAAACCAGGGAGGGACAGAAGGCCGGCAAGGAAGAUCCGGAUAACGCUAUGGCAGGCGAGGCCAACAGCUCCGAGGGCGGCCUUAAGAAGAUAGUGUCGUCCCUCGCGCGAGCACUAAACAAAAAUCAAGGCUACCUAGCGGAUGCUAAGAAAAAGUUGACGUUCGAUGGGGCGAACAUCACGGAAUUCCUGAUAGACAACGAAAAUCUAGUUGCGAUGUUGAAAUGGACCGAAGAAGAGAAGAUGGACCACCUGGGGCAGCAUGUGUCUUUGAGCCUAGGGCGGGACAUAAUGGCCAUUGUGGCCGCGAGCUGGUCUUGGAAAGAAACCCGGGAUGUGAUGAUGAGAAAAUAUCUGGCAGCAGAGAAGAUGGCAACGGAGGCCGAUUUAGUGGCAGUCUAGAGGAAGAACUUCGCAACGUACAAUGACUUCCUACGGGAGUUUACUUUGGUAGCACUAAGAAUCCCCGGGGUUACGGACCGAAUAAUGAAUAAGUACUUCCUCA